AUGAUCCGUCACAACUCAGACAUCGAGGUCCAGCUCCCGGAUGCCGGGACCCCUGUUGUCUCCGAACCUUUGAAUGAACCGGACGUGGAGAUGUCAUCUGAUGAACUGUCUCUCCCUCUGAGCCUCCCUGCCCAUCUCGCCGCUCGCUUUGCCCGGAAGCCAAGUGUGAUUCGUCGCUCAACGGCGGCCUCAUCUCGUCGAGGCUCGAUUUCCUCGCUUCAUUCACAACACUCAAAUGCGUCGUCUCAUGGCGCAUCUUCAACUGAUCAUAUAGCGCAGCAUCUCCGGCGGACUUCCAUCCUCGAGAGUCGAAAGGCAAGGCUUGCCGACCGCGCCUUGCAUGCAGAGAAGGUCAGGUUGCGUGCUGCCCUCGCAAAAGCUGCUACUCGAAACCUGCAAAGAGAGGAACGAGCCCUAGCUGCUCAACAAGCUCGGGAACGGUUAUUAGCUGAGAUUACGGCCAAGUGCGAGGAGGAAGUCCGUCGGGCAAAGAAGAAAGCUGAAGACAACCGGGAAAGGAAGGCUGCUGAGCACGCUCGGCUUCGCUUGGAGAUUGCAGAGAAAUUUGCUGAGGUGGAGAAGAGGCGAAUGCUCUAUCAACAAAGUCAUCGGCGUUGCCGCACAAGUAGCCUAAAUUCCACCGAGGAGAAGAAGAUGUCAAGGGUUUCCAUGAGUCCCAUCACGCGGGAUGCGGCAGCGAGAACGAUUCAACGAGCGUGGAGGACACAUCACUCCAAGCUGAUUAUGCGACAAUUUCUAGACCUAGACCUGACGACCGGCGGCAUCCGUGAAAUGGCUUUUGAGGAUGUCGGUGCCUUGCUGUCGAAGGAUGCAGUGCUGGACACCACGGCCCGGGUCCUCCGGUUCUGUGGGCUCCAAGAUAUGGAGAGUGGGACCAUGGGCGGUCGGGGUGCUGUGCGCACGUUCCUUAGCAGCUACCUGAUUGUCACCCACCCUACAGAGGUUCUAAGCAGUAAUGGGGAACAGGAACAGGACUUGAUCGCCAAAGCACGGGAGCUCCUGGUGGCGUUUGACCAAGUCACCCCAUUACUCUCCUCCGGUUGCUGCUCACCUCUAUUCAUCUCAACCGAGAUCCAGGCACUAUGUGAGGCAUAUAAUGUCUUCUUUUCUGCGUUUCAUGCGUGGAAAACCCAUGACUCCAGCGUCUUGAUCGAAAUCAUGCUGGCCCAGUUCAUCGAAUUGGAGCUGAUCUGGCAGACGGUCAAAGACGAUCGCGCUGGUGGUGUGGCGGAGGACUAUCGACAGGGUAUCAGACAAAACCAGAUCCUACUUCUCACCAAGCUGAAGCGUCUGGCGGGCUCUGACCGGGCAAUGCAGAUGGUUCGGGAUGCCUUGAAGAAGGCAAAACGUGAGAAGAAGCGCACUGCUUCCAAAAAACAAGCUAUCCCGCGGUCAGCGGAAGUUGCGCCGUCCUCAACCGAAGCUCUUACUGAGAGCGUGGCAUCUCCCAUCAGUGAAACCUUUAACAACGUGGACAGUGAUGUCCUGCAGGAACUGGAUAAGCAGCGGAUAUCCCCCCAUGAACGGUUUACCCGGAUCCUCACUGCCCUUCCCGAGAAUCGGGCAUUGGUACAUGAGCUCCUCAUUAAUAAAGGAUUCAAGAUCGAUGAGAAGCAGUAUACGGAGCCGCGCAAGCGGAUCAUGCAGCAUAUGUGUGAAAUGAUGCGCAGAGAUGUGGAUGCCGGCCUCGGGACGAACUGGACCGUGGCCAUGGCCACUGUUAUACAGGAUCGAUUACUGCGUUCGCUUCGGCCAGGCAAUUCGCUCCAUGUGCUAAUCAGCGAAGUGCUGGACCCCAAACUGGUUGAGAAUCAGUGCAAGGCCGGCGCCUUCUCCUACGAUAAUUUCUUCGAGUUCAUGAAUACCAUCCUUCCAAAGCUCUGCGCUCCUUACCGAGACCCUGUGGUCAAAGCCUUUGUCGAGGAUACGUCAGGGGAUGCAAUUGAUCGUCUAGCAAGACUUAUGGGGAUAAUCGAUCUUCUGUCCCUUGACCACACAAACUUCAUGAUUCAGGUAGCGGCUCCGCAACUCAUUCAGGAGGCGCCUGGCUACGAACAGAGAACGUUUGAAAAAGGUGUACAGGAUGGCUCACUAGGCUUGGGGAAGAGCCGACGUUUCUGGCGGACGUACCGAAAGGUGCUUGCAGAUGAGAUGCGGAAGCGAGAUCCAGAGAAUGUCAACGGCGAGCCGCAGCCGCCGAUGGCAAAGGUCUACGCACACGGACUCGUAGAUCUCGUACUAAGCAAUGCCUCCAUGUCCGACGACUUGAUACCAGAAACACUUGAGUUGGAUCGCCACCGGCUAGGACGAUUACAUGCGCAGGCGUUCCGAAUCGUGGCGACGGCUUCCAUCCUCUUGACUGCCAAGAACCUGCUCAAGCGCGAUGUGCGGUCUCAGUGGAAGGCCGAAGCAGACCGGCUCCUGUCCUUGGACUUCAACGAUAUUCAGCCGGACCGAGUCCAGUCGAUCUUAGAAUCCACCCAUCCGAUGCCUCCCAGCGCGAGUGCCCAAUUAGCGGCAACCAUUCGACGAGUGCUGGCGCCCGUGGGCACGGCUUGCACCGCUGCCUCUCCGGCGGGCGCGACGCCGGCAACGGUCGAGAUCCAAAUGGACCCGGACACCUCGACUGCCUCCUCAUCCGCGUCCUCGCCCGCGGGCUCUGCCGGGUCUGUAGGUUCGAGCAGGAGUGGAGCCAGUGCCGCCAGCUUUACAGAUCCCGUGGCGCGACUAAUCCUGUCCCGCCUGCGAGCUCAUGUUCUCUCGCGCCUGAGUGCGUCGAGCGCCAGCGAAAGGGUGCGGACCACCACCACCGCCAGCCAAAGUCUGGCAGGGGCCGGCAUGCCCGAGUUUGUGAUGGAGGUCGGGCAAUUGACGGAUGAACUGGAGAAGGUGCGUGAGGUAGAUUGGUUAUGUCAUGGCGUGGUCUACGAUCGUAUCCUCGCCGAGGGCAUUCCUCCUAGACCGGGAGCAUAG